UUUUCGUGUCGCACUCUCUUCCGCUUCGCCUCCAUUAAAGGACCCAGCGGCGCUUCGCGGGUCAAUUUUUAAACCUUGUUUGGCAGAAUCCGAUUUUAAUCGGAGCCAUCCUAACAGCAACCAUGACGGUCGGCAAGAGCAGUAAGAUGUUGCAGCACAUCGACUUCCGGAUGCGCUGUAUCCUGCAGGACGGGCGGAUCUUCAUCGGCACGUUCAAAGCGUUCGACAAACACAUGAACCUGAUCCUGUGCGACUGUGACGAGUUCAGAAAGAUCAAACCCAAGAACUCCAAGCAGCCGGAGCGAGAGGAGAAGAGGGUGUUGGGUCUGGUUUUGCUCCGAGGAGAGAAUCUCGUGUCCAUGACUGUAGAAGGACCCCCUCCUAAAGACACUGGCAUCGCCCGCGUGCCGCUGGCCGGAGUGGCUGGAGGUCCCGGUGUCGGCAGAGCGGCGGGUCGAGGUGUUCCCGCUGGAGCGCCGAUGGCACAGGCUCCCGCUGGACUCGCAGGACCCGUCAGAGGAGUCGGUGGCCCGUCACAACAGGUCAUGACCCCUCAGGGCCGAGGCACGGUCGCGGCGGCCGCUGCUGGUGCCAGUAUAGCCGGCGCUCCCACUCAGUACCCUCCCGGCCGGGCCGGACCCCCUCCGCCGAUGGGCCGAGGCGCUCCUCCAGGUGAGAACGUCUCCGUGUUUCUCAGUUACGGUGUGUCUUUCUGAUGGCCGUGCUGAUUCGCCAGCUGUGAUGACAGAAAUGUUCUCUGAGGCCGAUGACGUGUCCGCUGAUGUGAAGCAGGAUUACACUGAGCUCAGAAUCACAUGGGUGUUUAACUACUCUCCUCCAGUCGUGUGAUGGUUAACGCUCACACUUGUGCUUGUGCCUCCUCCACAGGGAUGAUGGGGCCUCCUCCAGGCAUGAGGCCGCCCAUGGGACCCCCGAUGGGAAUGCCACCCGGCCGCGGCGCUCCGAUGGGAAUGCCGCCUCCUGGCAUGAGGCCGCCGCCGCCUGGAAUGAGAGGUCCUCCUCCUCCAGGCAUGCGUCCUCCCAGACCAUAAACCUCUGGGCCAAUGUGUUUCAGAUCCGUCUUUUCCUUGUACAGGAAAGUUUAUCUGCAAGUUCUUGUAUAGUUUGAUUUUUGUAUUGUUUCUUUUUUUUAAUAAUAAAGUGUCAGUUUGACAGUUAUGUUUUAAUAUGA